AUGCCGUCAGUCGUAGGUGGUUAUGAGCUUGAGUCAUUCGUGUCGGACGAUGUGAAAGACGUUUACAUAUGUCCAGUAUGCACUAACGUAUUGAAAUUAGCCGUACAGGCAAACUGCGGCCAUCGUAUGUGUGCAACGUGUUGUGAGAAUUUACUAGUCUGUCCUAUCUGUAACGAUACAGUUAUUAAUACGAUCGCUGACUAUGCGGUUCACCGCGAAAUAAACGCAAUGAAGACUUAUUGCAAUCACCGUGACGAAGGUUGUGAAUUCAUCGCUCCAUUAAAAUUAAUGGCACGACAUCUUGAAACGUGUGAAUAUGCCAAGCAUUUAAUAGCAGAUAAUUUAAACGCACGAUGUGCGGAAAAGAUGGUAUCCAGACACGACACUGGCAAUCAUUCGAUAGAAAGUCAAUUUGCCAAGUUAGAAUCCCAAAUAGAGUCACUCAGCGAUGACCUGAAAACUGCUAGAAAUGAAAACGUAAAUGCAAAAAGGAAAUUUCAGCUAACGUUAGCGACACAAAACGAUAAACUCGUAGCGCUCGAAUAUACUCUGAAGAUAUUAGAAAAAAAUAAUACAACUACCAGUGGUAAAAUCGAAAUACAAAUUGCUGAACGCGAUGUGAUUUUAAACGAAAUUCGACAUAGAAUAGAAUGCUUAGAAACGACCUCUUACGAAGGUGUUUUAUUAUGGAAAAUAUGUAAUUAUACGACUCGCAAACACGAGGCCGUUUCGAGGAAAAAUUACAGCUAUGUAUAG